UUUCAAACAUUAAAAUGUAACAACAUUUUAUUGGAGGAACGAGACCAUGUGCAAAUGGAUACAUGACAAAUAACUUUAUUUUAGCAGGUUAAAAAAAAACAUUUUUCUAUCGGAAGAAUGAGAAACAAACACACAGAACAAUAUUCUUAGAAAAGGGGACAGCUUCAGAGGUUCCAGUCUGUUCGGGAUUUAUUUAUUUAACCAGGCGAGUCAGUUAAGAACAAAUUCUUAUUUACAAUGAUGGCCUACCGGGGAACAGUGCCCUGCCUUGUUCAGGGGCAGAACGACAGCUUUCUUUUUACCUUGUCAGCUCAGGGGAUUCGAUCUAGCAGCGUUUCGGUUCCUAGUCCAACCCUCUAACCACUAGGCUCUAACCACUAGGCUACCUGCCGACCCCAGGGGUCACCAGUAGAACUAACACACAUUGUUUCUAAGUCUCGUCUAUCCAGUCUAGGGGAAAAUGACCCAGAUGUGUCUUGUAAGCAGGCUCUUGCCCUUUUCCUGUACGUGCCUCACACAGUCAGUCAAUAACUAAGGGCAUUUAGCCUAACAGCUAAACACACUGCGCUGCGUCACAAAUAGAACCCUAUUCUCUACACUGUGCACUACAUUUGGACCAGGCCUCAUAGAAAGGGGGACACAACACAGUGUAAAAAGUCAGGUGACUUGGGGUGAUGUUUAUCAGCCCCUCUCUUUCCUCAGCCCCUCUCUUUCCUCAGUUCCUCUCUUUCCUCAGUUCCUCUCUUUCCUCAGUUCCUGUCUUUCCUCAGCCCCUCUCUUUCCUCAGUUCCUGUCUUUCCUCAGCCCCUCUCUUUCCUCAGUUCCUCUCUUUCCUCAGUUCCUCUCUUUCCUCAGUUCCUCUCUUUCCUCAGUUCCUCUCUUUCCUCAGUUCCUCUCUUUCCUCAGUUCCUCUCUUUCCUCAGCCCCUCUCUUUCCUCAGUUCCUCUCUUUCCUCAGUUCCUGUCUUUCCUCAGUUCCUCUCUUUCCUCAGUUCCUCUCUUUCCUCAGUUCCUCUCUUUCCUCAGUUCCUCUCUUUCCUCAGUUCCUCUCUUUCCUCAGUUCCUCUCUUUCCUCAGCCCCUCUCUUUCCUCAGUUCCUCUCUUUCCUCAGUUCCUGUCUUUCCUCAGUUCCUCUCUUUCCUCAGUUCCUGUCUUUCCUCAGUUCCUCUCUUUCCUCAGUUCCUCUCUUUCCUCAGUUCCUCUCUUUCCUCAGUUCCUCUCUUUCCUCAGUUCCUCUCUUUCCUCAGUUCCUCUCUUUCCUCAGUUCCUCUCUUUCCUCAGCCCCUCUCUUUCCUCAGUUUAACUCUUUCCUCAGUUCCUGUCUUUCCUCAGCCUCUCUCUUUCCUCAGUUCCUGUCUUUCCUCAGUUCCUCUCUUUCUUCAGUUCCUGUCUUUCCUCAGUUCCUAUCUUUCCUCAGUUCCUAUCUUUCCUCAGUUCUUCUCUUUCCUCAGUUCCUCUCUUUCUUCAGUUCCUGUCUUUCUUCAGUUCUUCUCUUUCCUCAGUUCCUCUCUUUCCUCAGUUCCUGUCUUUCCUCAGCCCCUCUCUUUCCUCAGUUCCUGUCUUUCCUCAGUUCCUCUCUUUCUUCAGUUCCUCUCUUUCUUCAGUUCCUGUCUUUCCUCAGUCCCUCUCUUUCCUCAGUUCCUAGGUUUUGGCCUUUCUAGGGAGGUUUUCCUAGCCACCGUGCUUCUACACCUGCAUUCUAGCUGUUUGGGGUUUUAGGCUGGAGAAAGAGAGUACAGCACUUCGAGAUAUUAGCUGAUGUACGAAGGGCUAUAUAAAAUAAACUUGAUUGAUUGAUUGAUUGAGUUCCUCUCUUUCCUCAGUUCCUCUCUUUCCUCAGCCCUUCUCUUUCCUCAGCCCCUCUCUUUCCUCAGUUCCUGUCUUUCCUCAGCGCCUCUCUUUCCUCAGCCCCUCUCUUUCCUCAGCCCCUCUCUUUCCCCAGCCCCUCUCUUUCCUCAGCCCCUCUCUUUCCUCAGCCCCUCUCUUUCCUCAGCCCCUCUCUUUCCUCAGCCCCUCUCUUUCCUUAGCCCCUCUCUUUCCCCAGCCCCUCUCUUUCCUCAGCCCCUCUCUUUCCUCAGCCCCUCUCUUUCCUCAGUUCCUGUCUUUCCUCAGCCCCUCUCUUUCCUCAGCCCCUCUCUUUCCUCAGCCCCUCUCUUUCCCCAGCCCCUCUCUUUCCUCAGUUCCUCUCUUUCCUCAGUUCUUCUCUUUCCUCAGUUCCUCUCUUUCUUCAGUUGGCGUUUUAACUGAAUGCUCACUUAACUCUCUCGGGCCGGUCAACUGAGGCGGUAACGGAACGCAAGGCAAGGCGAGCGAUGGCAGACAGUGUUCAGUUAGCCGUAGUGCCCCUGUCUGCCCCCGGCCCUCUCCUCUGUGUGUGUGUGUGUGUGUGUGUGUGUGUGUGUGUGUGUGUGUGUGUGUGUGUGUGUGUGUGUGUGUGUGUGUGUGUGUGUGUGUGUGUGUGUGUGUGUGUGUGUGUGUGUGUGUGUGUGUGUGUGUGUGUG